AUGGCAGGAAAGGAGCAUGAGGCCUCGGAGGCGAAGCGGGCCCCAAUCCUCAACGCAAUGCGCACUCGAAGGCCGCUACAAGACAUCUCCGAACGAUUCGGCAUACCACCAACCACCGUCCGCACCACCGCGUCCACUCGGACCCGCCGCGAGAACAGGAUGGCUCGCCGUGCAGUCCAGAUCUACGAAGACUCCCCGACCCGAGGGCGUGAACCUACCCAACCUGAAGGCCUCUCUACGGCGCCAACCCCUCCUCCGCUCCUGGCUGCUACAAGCAACGACGGGCCAGCAAUGACGUCGUCGCACUCAGACGCGGCUUCGGCGGAGUCCAGCUCUUCCGCCACGCAGCUGACUGGGUUGACGAGGAGGUUGAGGUGGCAUCCUCUGACGACGCCUAUGACACCUAAGUUCAUGCAAGGGCCACCUCUAAAGGAGUCUUUGCGAUGUGGAAAUGCAAGAGGCUACGGGGGCGAGAUUGUAGUACGGAAGGAUUGUGGGAAUACCGAGGAUACCGAAAAGCCGCGGGUGAUCCGCGUUACUUCCUUUGAUGAGUCACUUUGUGCGCUGAGGACACAGGAAGCCCAAGAGCAAACACUACACCUGUUGGCGGCUAGGCAAGCACAGCCUGCGGACACAGACGACAUACAGCGGUUCUUGGGCAACAUGCUAGCUAGUAGUGAGCACUUCAGUAAUGACGGCGAGAAUUUCUACGGAGACCAUCUGCAGAAUGCCGAAGGUGGAUAUCAGCCCAGCGACUAUCUACGGGACUUCGACUGGACAGUCCCUACUUCAAACGAACGGAUGUUCAGCGUCGAAGCAAUGGACAUUCAUGAGCGGAUGCUUUUGCAGAGGUUUAAGCAGCACCCUACUACAGUUGGCGGUUAUACAGACCUAAUCUUACGCAGAACACGCUUCGACGACGUCAAGUCGGUCACACUCACGACGUCUUCAGAGCCGGAGCCGACGGCGGCACAACGUAUGAAUAACGAAACCGUCUCUCAACAAACCGUCAGUCUCGGGGAACCAUUCAGCAACGCCCUCAAGGAAACGUGUUCUCUUCAGCGCGUGGUGGAAAACGCCCUAACGACGACCAAAAUAGCUUAUACGGGGGGUAUAGUCGGACCAUCCGAUCGCAGACUUAUGGACUGCCUUGCAGUUCUUAUAGCGCUAGCUCCGGACUUCCGCGUCCAUAGGGUUCCACUUCCUCUCGCCGCCAAGCAGACGCCACCGCUGCGGGUAACCUCCCCGCAUCUGCAAGCGCGACGAUGA